UUACGUACUGCACAUUAUCGACAAGUUUGUACAAGAUUGAAUUGAAAUAAUAACUAUUUAAAUUUAACAAACAUUACAAAAUACAAAUAUGUUAGACAGCCUUAGAGACGAAGGUGACACGGACAAAAUUAAUGAAUUAACGAUAACAGAUAUAAAACCAGAAUUUUCAGUUCGGAUAGUUGUUUGCGAUCAUUAUCUUACAAGACCAUUACCAGGGUUAGAUGUUAUAUAUUCUGAAUUUCGAGGCUCUGACAUAAAACAGGUACCAAUCUUAAGAAUAUUUGGCUCUACAUCCGAAGGAUAUAAAGCAUGUUUACAUAUACAUGGGGUAUUUCCUUAUUUUUACAUACCAUGCCCUACACCAAAUCCAGAACCACAAUUUUUGUACCAAAUUGCUGCCAGUCUGGAUAAAGCUUUAAAUAUUGCUUUAAAACAAGCAACAUCGACUAAUCAACAUGUGUAUAAAAUAACACUUGUAAAGGGAUUACCAUUCUAUGGAUUUCAUGACAAAGUACAUCUGUUUUUGAAAAUAUUCUUAUAUAAUCCUGGUCUUAUUAAACAAGCAGUUGAAUUGUGCAGCAAUGGAGCCAUAUUAGGCCAAGCCUUACAACCUCAUGAGGCCCAUCUUAAUUUCACAUUACAAUUUUUCAUAGAUUUUAACCUGUUUGGAAUGAGCAAUAUUGAUUUGCAAACUGCUAAGUUUCGUAAAUCUGGUGUGUCCCAGUAUAGUGAUGAACCAGCAGGAUCUAGUGAAUUAAGUUUAAAACCUGAGAGUAGUUGUUAUUAUGAAGCUGAUUGUUUUGCUUCACAUAUAUUAAAUAGACAAAGAAUAGGCAGGGGUGACGGUAUUGAAAACCCAGGACUUGAAGAAGUAUGGAAUCAGGAACUGGAAAGAAGAAAAAAACUUAACAUAUCCAUGUCUUCAAAAUCACUGUCACAAGGGAGGAUAAAUCUUAAAGAAACAGAUACACACAGUAAAUUUGAGCAAAUCAUGCAUAAUAAAGUGUCUAAUGCAAUAGAUAAACCUAAAGGAAUUACUAAUGAAGCUAAUGAAGAGUUAGUUAAUUAUCCAGCUGAAAGUGCAGAAAAUUCACAGUUACUUAAUGCUACUGAUAUUAGUCAUCAUAUACACCAGGAUGUUACCAGCUUAAGCAAUAAUUCAACUAUAAGAAAAACAGCUGAAUAUACCGAUAAUGUUGACGAUACAUUAGUUGAUGAAGAUAUAGCAUUAAAUAGCAGUUUCUCUCUUAGAUACAGUCAAAUUUUAUUGGACAAUGAUGAUUUAGAACUAGUCGAUAUGCUGCAAGAUCUUGAUGAAAAAGCUGUGGAAGAUGAUAGCGUCAUGGGAACACCAGCAAAUGAAGAUGAAGACUUAGAUUCUGACACUGCAGAGUAUUCACAGAUAUUCAACGACGACACAAUCAUUGUAAAUCCACCUGAAAGAAACCUGGAGAAUAGCGAAAGCUCUCAAUCUUGGCAUGAUUCAUUCUGGGAUGGAGCUAGUAUACCGCAAUUGGAUGGAACUUGCGAUGACGACCAUGUAAAGAAAGUGAGAAAAAGAAAAAUGAGAUCUUUUAAAUUAGGUUUAUCAAGGCCAAAAAAUAAGAGAAAAGUGGAAACAAACGUAGCUAAAGAGAACGAGGAUAGCGAUAUGAAUGAAGUUGAGGAAAUUAAUGUUUCUAGAGAGACAAUUGAGAACAUUUCAGAUUUACAUAUCAAAAGAAAAUGUAAGGCCGAACCAAAAUCUUUUACAGAACAAUGCGGUGACGAGUAUAUUAAACAAGCUUCUGUUGAUGAAGAUUCUAUUGUAAAUUUAGUCUCCAAAGUUAGCUUCAAACAUAAUACUAAUGUGGACGCAGCUAUUUUGUAUGAUAUCCAAAAUGAAUUCGAACCAACAGCAGGCCCAUCAAAUAUUAAGUUUUGCAAUCCAAAACAAGAGGAAUCCUCAAACAGCUCUGAUAAAGAGGUUAAUCAGUCAUCAUUUGAUGAAAAUGAAACGGGAAUCGAAAGUUUCUAUGACAAGUCGCAUUUGUUUGAUUUAUCAGUUGCAGAAUAUAAAUCACAAAUAACAGAGGACAAAGAGUCGAUUGGUGUAAAAGCGGCAGAAAAAGAAAAAGUUGAUAUCAAAUGCGAAACAAUUUCAAAUACACCAAUAAAAACGUAUGUAUCAACGAGUAGUUUGAAUGAUAUAACACUAAUUCCUAAAAUCAGAGCUCCCACUAAAAACUAUAUUAUGUCGACUUUAGAAAAGUAUGGAAUUCCAAAAAUAAGUAAUGCUGAGCCUUAUUAUUCUAAUCAUAAAGAUGUCGGAGACAAAGUCGAAAUAGGUCAAAUGGUAUUAAAACUAAAUAGUAAAUUAUCACAAGAUCAAAAGCCAUUUGGUCAAGUACUAGACUUUACGAGCUUAGAAGACUGGCGUCAAUUAUUAUUUUUACAAACGAAUGAAAUGACCGAAGAAUCAACAAAACCCGACGCAAUGAAAAUAUUAUUAGCAAGUAAUCGUCGAUGUAUAUUAGAACCGUUAAAACGUCCUCCGUUAAGUAAAGAUGUUAUACGAUGGGUGGAAAGCAAAGAUAAAUUAAACAAAGAAACUGUCAUGGAAAAGGAAAUAAAUGUGAAUAUAGAUAAAAUAGAAAACUCCCAAGUAAAUGAUUUAAAUGAGCUCAAUAGUAGCAUUAGUAUGGACGUAACAAUAAAGGAAAAUCCUGAGCUAAAUAACACUCUACAAAUUACAAUGCAACCAGAUGGAGCAUUUCUUUGCUUUGGAAAUAGUGAAUCCAAUAAAGAAAAUACACUUAGUACACUUAGUAAUCCAACAGUCGAGACUGAUUUUCUUACGCUCAUGCUCUUAGAAGUUCAUACAUCUAUCAGGGGAGACUUGAAUCCUGACCCCACAAAGGAUCAAAUAGAAGCCAUAUUUAUGACUGUAACUAAUGACUGCCCUCCAAAUCACAGAUUGCAAAGAAAUGUCACGCAGAUUUUCGUCGUUGACGACAUGAAAGAACCAAAAUUCUUAAGCAGAUGCGUGUUUAACUUCCAGAUAACUUAUCUGAAUAGUGAGAAUGAAUUACUAGAGAAGAUUAUAGACUGCGUUAAAACUCAUGAUCCAGAUAUUUUGUGUGGAUAUGAAAUCGAAAUGAAUUCUUGGGGAUAUAUUGUCGAAAGAGCUCAAGUAUUGGGUCUUGAAUUUAUAAAAGAAAUAUCCAGAAUAACUGAAAAGAAUCGCCAGAAACGAUACAGAAAUGAAGAGACUGAAUUAGAGGGAAGAGUUAUUGGGAGAAUUACGUUUAAUGUGUGGCGUUUAUUCCGCUUUGAACUUGCUUUAUCGAGUUAUAGUUUUGAGAAUUGUAUGUAUGUGAUAUUGAAUGAAAGAGUGCCAAAAUAUAGUUAUUCUCAAUUAGCUGAAUGGUGGAAGGAUGAAUCUAGAAUAUUGCGGUGGAUUCCUGUUGAGUAUUAUUUAACAAAGUUAAGUGGAACCGUCAGAAUGUUGGAAAAACUUGAUCUGAUAAACCGAACCUCGGAACUCGCUCGGCUGUUCGGGCUGCAAUGGUGGGAAGUAUUGUCAAGAGGAUCACAGUUCAGGGUGGAAUCGCUAAUGCUUCGUGCUGCGAGACCUCUCAAUCUGGUCGCAUUAUCACCGACUGUGAAACAACGGGCUAAAAUGCGUGCACCGGAAUGCCUUCCACUUAUAUUUGAACCAGAGUCACGUUUUUACAGCGAUCCCGUAAUUGUUCUGGAUUUCCAAAGUCUGUAUCCAUCGAUGAUGAUCGCUUACAAUUAUUGUUUUUCAACAUGCAUCGGGAGAGUCCAAAAUAUAAAUGGCGACGCACCAUACGAAUUCGGAGCCUGGCGUCUCAGAAUACCGCAGAAGAAGCUCGAAAGCCUGUCGAGCAAGGAGCUGGUGCACUGGUCGCCGGUGGGCGUGGGCUUCGUGAAGGCGGCGGCGCGGCGCGGCGUGCUGCCCGCGCUGCUGCGCCGCAUCCUGGCCGCGCGCCAGGCCGUCAAGGCCGGCAUCAAGCUGCAGACCGACGACGCCGUCAAGAAGGCCAUGCAUUCGCGGCAGUUGGGAUUAAAGCUAAUAGCGAACGUUACGUACGGUUACACCGCGGCCAACUUCAGCGGCCGCAUGCCGUGUGUGGAGGUCGGCGACAGUGUAGUAGCUAAGGGCAGGGAAACUCUAGAACGAGCUAUUCAACUUGUCAAUAAAAGCAAAUGGAAUGCUAAGGUAGUGUACGGUGACACGGACUCCAUGUUCGUGUUGGUGCCGGGCGGCUCUCGCGCGGACGCCUUUGAUAUCGGACGUCAGAUAGCGGACGCAGUCACCGCCGACAACCCGUCGCCGGUCGCCUUGAAGUUAGAGAAGGUUUAUCAACCAUGUAUUCUACAAACAAAGAAGCGGUACGUUGGCUAUAUGUACGAGAGUCCAGAACAAGAGAAGCCAGUAUACGAAGCUAAAGGUAUUGAGACCGUGCGUCGUGAUGGAUGUCCAGCCGGUGUGAAGCUACUCCAAAGGUCUCUCUGCGAAUUAUUCGAAACGGGCGACAUGUCUCGAGUGAAAAAACUCGUUUGCGGCAUAUUGUCGAAACUAACGGAUGGCACACUUUCGCCACAAGAGCUGUUCUUCACCCGAGAAUAUCAUGGACCAAAUGGUUAUCGACCAGGUGCCGCUGCUCCUCCGAAUGAGAUCGCUAAACGGUGGCUGUCGCGCGACGGGCGCUCGGCGCCGCGGGCGGGCGAGCGCGUGUCGUGGCAGGUCUGCGCGGGCGCGCCGCACACGCCGCUCGUGCGCCUGGCGCGCGCGCCGCCCGAGCUGCUGCGCGACGCCGCGCUGGCGCCACACGUGCCGUACUACGCCACCCGCGUGCUCUUGCCGCCCUUGAAUCGCUGUCUGUCGCUGCUAGGCGUCGACGUCUUCAAGUGGUGGCAAGAAAUCGGCUGGAGUCGCGAGGCACAGAUAGAGCGAGCGGGCAGUUCUGGCGGCAUAGCGCGCUACAUGCAGCGCGGGCGCUGCGCGGUGUGCGGCGCGCGCGGCACGCGCUCGCUGUGCGCGCGCUGCGCCGCCCGCCCGCGCGCCUCCGCCGCCGCCGUCGCCGACAAGCUGGCGCGGGCGCACCGACAGCAGCACCAGUGCCUUCAGAUAUGCAAAUCGUGUUGUAAUCAUCAACUCUAUUUAAAAUGCGAAAAUACAGAGUGUCCAGUGCUUUGGAGUCGAGUGUCAUCUCAACAGAAGAUAGAACACGUGCGAGAAAUAACGGCUAAUUUACCGCCUGCUUAUAUGAAAGAGAACUUAGAUUUCUAGUAACAAUUUUUAUAGAUUAAUUACGUUUUUAUGAAAUUAUGUUAUUUAAUAUACAAGUAAGAUGAAUAAAGAAGUGUUAUAUA